CAUGAAAAUUAAACCUAGCAUCUGAGUUGAGACAUCGGUGCUUUCAAAACCUCCCAUACUACUGUUUAUCUUUGUUCUUAUUUUAAUUUUCCAUUAAUGUCCCUUAGUCCUCAAAUGGAGGCCACAAGAAAAGAGCUGGAAGAUAAAAAUAAUGAUCACAAGGCUAUGACGGUAGAAGGCAAAGCUCGAGUUAGGCCUCGAAGAAGAAGGCCGCUUUUUCGAAGAAAAUGGACACUUUUAGACAGACGCUCUUUUGGUGGUGUUAUGGCUAUGCAUUUGCUUAGUCUCUUGGCACCAUUUUAUUUCACAUGGCCAGCCUUCUGGCUUGCUGUUGUACUCUACAUUCUCACAGGCUUGUUCGGCGUGACGCUCUCAUACCACAGACAACUCUCGCACAAAAGUUUCAAACUUCCCAAAUGGCUCGAAUACACAUUUGCAUAUAUGGGAGUUCAUGCUCUUCAAGGCGAUCCAAUCGAUUGGGCGAGCACACAUAGAAUUCAUCAUCAGUUUGUUGAUACGGAAAGAGAUCCACAUAGCCCAUCAGUAGAAGGGUUUUUCUUUGGACAUAUUGCUUGGAUAUUUGAUUCAUAUGGUUUGACAGAAAAAGUUAAUCCAAAAUAUGUUGAAAGUUUUAAGGAAAGAGAUGAAAAAAGAAAGACAUUUAGCAAUAUUUUUGUGGGAUAUUUGAAGUAUGGAAGACCUAAAAAUGUUGAGGAUUUACAAAAGCAAGCCUUUUAUAGGUUUAUUCGAAGCACAUACAUUCUUCAUCAUUUUGGCCUUGCAAUUAUUCUCUAUGUUGUUGGAGGCCUUCCCUUUCUCGUUUGGGGAAUGGGUGUAAGAAUUGUAUGCUUUCAACAUGUCACUUUCUUCCUAAACUCUGCAGGCCACUUGUGGGGAAGCCAACAGUGGAACACUGGGGAUCAGUCCAGAAAUAAUUGGAUGGUGGCAUUGUUUAUGUUUGGAGAAGGAUGGCACAAUAACCAUCAUGCAUUUGAGUAUUCAGCUCGACAUGGCCUAGAAUGGUGGCAGUUCGACGUAACUUGGUGGAUCAUUUUGUUUCUUGAAGCAAUAGGGUUAGCCACUGAUGUGAAGUUGCCCUCUCGAAAUCACAUGCAAAAGUUGGCCAUUCAACCUAAGAUCGAGUAAAUAAUAGUAAAACAUGGUUGAGAAAUGAUUUUUUUAAAGGUUUAAAGGAUACCAAGUUUAAACCUUUAAAAAGCUGUCAUUUCAAACAAAAUACUCUCUCUUUCAACUUUUCUUUAAUUUCUUCAACUUCUGUAAUUGUGGUGUGGUGUGGUAUGAGUCAAUUCCCUUUAAUUUGUUUGAUAUUGAACACUUCUAAUUUUAUGUUCUUGAAUUAUUUGAAAUGUAGAGAGCAAAAAAGAAAAUUGGAAAUUGUCUAUACUUUUGACCAUUUCAUUCAAGAGAGAGAAACUUAAGAGUGUGUGAAUUAUUUGUAAGUGUUUCAAAAUAAUUUAAUAUAGUGUUGUUUUCAGCUUCUA